AGAAUACUUGGACGUACUUGCGAAGCGGUCGGAAUUCUGUUGUAUGGGGCGAGGGAGAAUCGCCAAAGUUCAGCUGCUAUUCGGAAUCUAUAAGGCACCAUGCAACCUCAAUGCGAGCUCAGAUUAGAUGCGAGCUCGAGAAGUCGUACGCUGUUCAAUCCUGUCACCAUUUCACUGGAAUUGGAAUUUUACCCUUCACAUUGACGACAGAUCUGAAAUCUGCUCAGGAAUUCAGCCGGAAUUCUAUUCCACGGGGCGAGGGAGAAUCGCCAAAGUUCAGCUGCUAUUGGGUAUCUGUAAGGCACCAUGCAGCCUCAAUUCCGUACGAAGUCGAGCUCUUUUGUAAAGAGCAUUGCUUGCUGAGAUUAGGGAGAUUAUGGUGGCACGCGGAGAGGAGGUUAUUUCCUCGAUUCUGGAACUAACCGAUGGGAUGGAAGAGAUUCCCAGUUCUCAUUUAGUUCCGAGCGAAUUGAGACCCACCACAAAACUUGACGACUGGGGACCAAUUCCAGUGAUCGAUAUGUCACUCAAGGACCGGAACGUUUUGAAGAAGCUGGUCGGAGAUGCUGCUCGAGAUUGGGGAGUGUUUCAAGUGAUCAAUCAUAAUGUUUCUAUUCCGGAACUUCUCUCGGUGGGAGAGGAAGUGAAAUUAUUUUUCCAUCGGCCUUGUGAAAAUAAGGUCAAAUUAGAGUUGGAACCCUUGAAAAUACUAGAUACUGAGGUUUAUUAUACCGGAGACAAUACCAAAGAAGAUCUCCACAGUCUUUAUUGGGCAGAAAGUUUGGUUUGCCUCUGGAAAUCCUGGUCCAAAAUAACGGAAAAGGUCACUCGUUCAUCUGACCUCAUAUUCCCCGGAGGAAACGAAGCAUUCAGAUCCGGUACGAAUGAGAUUGUAAUGGGCUGUCGAAUUUUGACAGUAGAAGUACUUCAUCUUCUUGCAGAAUACUUGGGGCUGGAGGCAGGGUUUUUUUCUGACCACUGUUUCCCCGAAGGUUCCUCACUCUUUCGGUGGAAUUAUUAUCCAUCUUGUCCACGUCCUAAUGAAACAUUGGGGGCUAUUGCACACACGGAUCCGAACCUACUGACCGUCCUGUACCAGGAUGAGGCAGGAGGACUGCAAGUCAAAAAGAAUGACGUGUGGUAUGGAGUGCAACCUAUGACGGAAGCUCUCAUAAUAAACAUCGGAGACUGUUUACAUAUAUUCAGCAAUGCGAUUUUCCAUUCAGUCGUUCACCAAGUGCUGGUGAAUGAAAAAGCUCAUCGUUUGUCUCUGGCGGCGAUAUACUACCUGGAACAGCAAACUGACAUGACUGCUCCGGACAGCCUUGUGACUGAAAAGCGUCCCCGGAUGUUCAAAUCGUUAUCAGCUCACGAUUACUGGACAAUGAUAUUUAAUGAAAGGCGUGAACAUAAAUUCCCGAAAAGUCUCAAUGGUCUCGAAGCACUUCGAGAUUUUAUACGUCGUCCGCAAGAGCAAACCGCUUAGCUCGAGAAGCAGCCAUAUUGGCCAUUUUCCGUGGCACAGAUUCUGAAAUUAUUUUCUGCACACUAAGAUGGGGUACGCAUUUUGGGAUGCAUGUCAGCGCCCAUCUGGAUCCGACACCAAUCAGACAUUUCGUCAUUUUCCUUGCAACAGUAUAUAGUCAAGUCUGCUGGAUUCCAAGUUAGCGGUCGUGCUCAUUGGUAGCCAUUUCACUAUGUACAGGUAUAUUUUUCCAAUUUUGAUAAAUAUUAAAAUGUCUUGAAUUUUAUAAAGACUCCGUAGGCUAUUCAGAUUUUUCUUUCCCAAUUUGAUAAAUGUUAAAUUGUUUACAAACUUAUAAAGACUCGG